GAUCGUUGCAAUCUGGAAACUAGCAACGGUAUGGCUGAGCAAAGACGUAGACACGAAUAGGAGUGCAGGGAUACACACACAUCUUCACCUCUAAGGUAGCUAUUUAUGAAUUUGAUAGAUAGUAUGGAUAUACAAUAUGCUGCAGCAACUCCAGACAGAUGAGGACCAUAUCCUGCAAUCCGCAAGUUCAAAUUCAAACCAUAUCAGCACCUCGAAUACACCUCAACAGGCGGUUGCUAAGCAACAUGGAGUCAUACAUCCCAGUAUGAUGAGAGUUUUUACAAGUGACGCGAUGCAGUCGCACGCUAGUAAGACCAGCCGGCAAGAUGGUACGAGGCACGACAGCAAGCAGUAUCAAUACAAACGCAACUCGUUGGCCCGUCCACAGAGUAUAGACACCAACGUGGCUCAAUCACAGCAUGCAGGGAAUAUUAUUCAACAGACGUAUACAAAUAUAACACAACUCUACAAUCAAGGAACGAAUCGGCAGGCACAUUGCCCUCGUGGCGACCACGGCGGUAGGAGUGUACCUAGCCUUCGAAGUGAUCAAAGAUUGACGGAGGCUCAGACGCUGCACCCGGAUAGGCUACAUAGAAAUACACACGAAAGUGGCGUGUCUCAGAACCCACUGUUGCAUCAGACUCCACACGAAAGUCGAAAACAGCACGAGCAUCAUGUAUAUCCACGAACGGGAUCAUGUAUACACCCAUCUCGUGCGCACAUUAUAGGCAAGACCCCUGCGGCUGCUGCAGUUAGUACUGAACAAGCGGAGAGGGCGAUGGACUGCGAAGAUGGCGACGAAAUGCCGAUACUCAGCACUCACCCUACACUCAAGUACCGCCGCACCGUGUGGCAAGAACCGGCUACGAGUACUGGAACUACAGUACGUGUCACUGGUGGUAGUACGAAUGCCUAUGGACUGACAAUGCCGACUACAACAGCUAUGGUUUACAUACCUCUGGAAGGGAGUGGUUCAUCGCAUAUGGGUAGUCAUAAUGUGGGCGUGCGUUCUGCGGGUGAGAAUAAUCAGAGGCAGGCUCCGGGUCAGUAUGAACUACAAGGCAAGUCCGCGAUUAAGAAGUUUAAGAAAAACAAGUCGCGAAUCAGAAAGUUUGCUCAAGAGCGCAAGGAGAAUCCCCGCAAGACUAGAAGCCAACGGAAACGGGAAAGGAGACAGGAAAGGAGUGGUCGACCUCAGGGGCGGAAAGAAAAUAAUAAGAUGGCCAACCAGAAGAAGACCCUAAACAUACCAAACAACUAUGUGUUGACGAAACCGGGCGAUCCAAUGAUCACUCGGCGACUCAAAGCGGGCCCGCAUGUGUGGGUCGAGCAAAGGAAAGGAAAGAAAGGACAAAAACUUCAAAAGGAAUUGAUCGGGGUGUGGGCACCACCGGAAGCUGUUGCAGAGGUAUUAAAAGGUGUGAAAGAUACACGAGACAACCCCCAGUACCAUGCUGCACUGGAUCGAAGCAAGCUGCGUCGAGACGCCCAGGAAGAUGACUUAUCGGUCCAUCUGCAGGCGACGGUGAAGGCUUUCUUAAAUUUUAGACCACCACAUGAAUACCUAGCACAGCAACUGGCCAAGAGGGUGGUGUCUCACGCCAUACCCGUAGGUAGCAAUACCAUUUUGCGGAAGAAAAGUACGAAGAAUCUGGACAAGUCAGCAAGGGCAAGGAUGGCUACUAUGGCUUGGCUGAGACAUUCCAAGACUUGCACGUACACUCAGACGAGAUUUAGAGAUGCAAAACAGCGAAAGAAUGGCCGACGACGGGCACAUGAGCACAAUAUGAAGAUCAUAAAGAAGUAUCGAACUUUUGAUGUGAUCGAUCCCUCAACCUGCCCACUAGUCAUGGCUGUGGCGGCGACUGAGAACCAGCAAGUGGCACGGCGAAAACGCAAAUACGUCAGAUCUACGCUUCAGACUAGAAUCCAAGAAAGCAGAAACAGAGUGGGACUAUUUGGUGACAGAGCACAAACAAUGGAAAGUCGUGCGCAACGGCUUAUACGAAAAGCACUGGAGCUGAAAUUGUAUAUGCAGACGCUACGUUCGGAAAAUAAGUUUCCCACCCCCGAGUCACACAACGGUAGAGAGUACGCCAAAAUCUCGAGUAUAUUGGUAAACAUCGAGGCCGCCGUCAAACAGGAUCCUGCAAUAGAAGCGCAAUGGAGAGAGGAAGAGGCAUCCUUGACACAAGAGGCAUCCGUGACACAUGAAGGUACCUCCCGUCAAGGUGAUACAGAACAAACCAUGGAAAGCAGAGCUCAAAGGCUGAUCCAAAAGGCACUGGAGCUUAAGAUGCAUAUGCAGACACUCCGCUCAGAGAACAGGUGUCCAGCCCCAGAGGCGCAAAAGGGUAAAGAGUACGCUCAACUUUCAAAUACGUUGGACGGCAUCGAGAAGGCUAUCAAAGAGUAUCCUGCAAUCAAAGCUCGAUGGGCACAGGAGGAGGAGUCUCUUGUGCAAAAAUGCACAUCGCGACAAAAGGCUAGACACGAGCAGCACGAUCAUGAAGGUAUGCGACCGGGCAUCGCCAAGCGACAGGUACAUGACUAUGGUAGAAAGUCGCAAAACGGGUACUGCGAAUUGGACGGCUUCAUCGCCACAUCGGAAAGCGAGAUGGAGGGCUCGGAUUCGGGUGAUGGAAGCUCAAGUGAUGACUACUGGAGUGUUCAUGAUGAGAACGACGCAGAUGACUUUGGCAGCGAGGAGUUUGAUGUAAAAUCUGAGCACGAAACGGCUGCGAAAGCUAGGUAUAGUGCGUUGAGUAUAGGUGGUGACUAUGAGGCCAUGUCCAGUGGUGCGGAGAGCUGUCUUUCGGCGACUGAGAGGGUCAUGCAGCGUAUGUAUUUGAAAGAGACGAGAGGCGGUACUACGAAGAGUGGCCGGGAUAGCGUGGACGAAAGCAAUAGUGAUAGUGACAACGACAGUGGCAGCGCCGAAGACAGUGGGAGUGAUGGAGAAUGGCAGAGUGGCGAUAAGCACACGAGACAGGCCUUAGAAAGACUUGGGAGCUAUGCUAAGAGGAAUGAUGGCAGCGAUAGGGGAGAAAAAGAGAGAGGCCGGGGGUUCAGUCGUAGAGAGUGUUCCGAGAGUGUAUCGGAUGCAAGUGAGGACGAAGUUUUUUUGCGCGACAUCGAGGCUAUCGAAAAUGUUUAUCAAACUCGGGGCCGGAAGAGACCUUCUGCAGUGCACAGCAGUGAGAUUUCUAGGCAAGGCGCUUCAAACGCUGAUGGUGUAUACGGGUCAUCGAGGGUAAAGAGGGCCAAGGUUGUGGAAUGUAUAGACUUGUGUGACAGUGAGGAUGAUCGACCAAAUGAAUCUGCAGCAAGCGGUACAGCAGCCGGUACGACGGAGACAGUUGACACUACUUCGGAGUAUGGCCAGAGAAAUGGGCAGGAAAGUGAGAGUGACAACGCGCAAUUGAAUACAAGUGAACGAGUGCGCACAGUGCCGCGGAGUCGGGGGCGCAGGAUUGUCGAGAGCGGUAGUGCGAGCGACCAGGACAAUGAUAGUAAUAUCGCAGAAAAGAAACAACCCAAUGAUCAAGCAGGACUAUCUGUGUUUGGAAUGCCUCCCGAAGUUGAUGUACCUAAACGGCCGGUGCUCCUGAGCGCGUUAACAAGCCCGAAUAGACCACAAAUAUCAGCCACAAACGAUGAGGUGUUCCGUACACAGCUAUUUUCGGGUGAAAAGCGGAAAUUAGUUUUGCUUGAAGAUGGAUUUGCCGGUGUUGAAGCGCCUCAAAUUGAACUAUCGCGAAGGUUAAACGAACCGCAGGCUGCAGCAAAAUUAUUUAAAACACAGCACACAGCAACGGCUUCGAAUGAGGUGGGAGAGAUGUGUGCGUCCACCUCGGACCUAUCGGGAGACGGAGUCUCUUGCAAGUCAAUACCUUCGAAUACGAAUGGAGGGUUGUUGUCUACCAGAGUCGAAACUGAUCGCAAGGACGUCAGAGUGCCACAUGCACAGGCACCCGAACUACCACUGGGGGCUGAUACUAUUGUGAAGUCAAUAGCACCCACCCACCCACGACAGCCAGCAAACACAACAACCCCAUCUGCUACACAAGUAAAAGCACCAUCAACAUGCACAACACCAUCGCAACCGCCAUUAGGUUUAAACGCCCGGGGAAUCGAAGUUGCACAUAGCACUCCAUCUCAACAAUCGAAAGCGCGAGUGCCAGAGUUCAUAUUCGUCCCUAGUGACAGAGACGAUGAUUGUAUUAUACUGGAUUAACUAUACGCGGUGUUUUUAAUAGCGAUGGACACUCUGUGUCUCGGCCUCGCAGCCACGCCAAACUAUUCAAUGACUAAGUAGGAAGCUGCAAUCUCACAGCCACACCAAACUAUCCAAUGACUGAGAUGGAAGCAGCAAUCUCGCAGCCACA